AUGUGUCACGGCACUCACGAGUGGCACCGGCAGGUGAUCAAGAAUUGCCGGAGGUUGAAUGCUGAGAAGGGCUAUGGCAUUGUUGUAAUGAUCGACACCGAGGGGAGUGAGAUACACAUGGGCGACCUGGUUAUUUUUUCCUUCAAUCCUGUAUGUGUGAAGGAUGGAGAAGAGUGGUGUUUCACUAUUCGGAAAUUUAACGGUCCAUUGCCUGCUUACACUCUCCCUGUCAAUUACGAAGGCUUUGCUGAAGAUGUACAGGUAGGCGACGAGUUGGUAGUAGAUGGAGGAAUGGUGAGGUUCGAGGUUCUAGAGAAGGUGGGUCCAGAUGUGAAGUGCAAGUGCACUGACCCUGGAAUACUUCUGCCGUGUGCCAACCUUAAUUUAUGGCGCGACGGUUACCUGGUGCGGGAGAAGAAUGUUACGCUUCCCACAAUAUCAUCAAAGGAUUGGGUUGAUAUCGACUUUGGCAUAUCUGAAGGCGUGGAUUUCAUUGCCGUUUCGUUUGUGAAGUCUCCCGAUGUCAUUAAACAUCUCAAGAGUUACGUUGCUGCACGGUCCCCAGACAGGUCAAUUGGUGUCAUCGCCAAGAUCGAAGACGCGAAUUCCCUCAGAUGUUUGGAUGAUAUUAUCCGUGUUUCAGAUGGAGUGAUGGUUGCAAGAGGAGAUCUUGGUGCUCAGAUACCACUGGAACAAGUUCCAUCUGUGCAAGAAGCCAUUAUUGAUGCUUGUCGAAAGCUUAACAGGCCUGUGAUUGUCGCAUCACAACUUCUUGAAUCGAUGAUUGAGUAUCCCACACCUACUCGAGCAGAGGUGGCAGAUGUCUCAAAUGCUGUGAGGCAACAAGCAGAUGCGUUGAUGCUGUCUGGCGAAUCUGCCAUGGGCCUUCAUCCUCAGAAGGCUGUUGAGGUCUUGCGAGGGGUGAGUGUGCGCAUGGAGCAUUGGAGUCGGGAGGAGUCUCAUCAUGAGAAACCUCCAUUGCCAGAGAUUUCUACAUCGGAUACUGGAAGAACAUCUGAACAGAUAUGCAACUCUGCGACUCAGAUAGCCAAUAAACUGGGAGCUGAUGCAAUUCUUGUGUAUACACGCCGAGGCUACAUGGCAUCUUUGAUUUCAAGGAACCGUCCAGAUUGCCCCAUCUUCGCUUUCACGGAGUCACGCAAUGUUAUGCGGUGCAUGGACCUACAAUGGGGCGUCGUUCCUUUUCAGUUUGCUUUCAGAAAAGAUUUAGAGAGUAACCUUCUUCAAUCCUUGGCUCUUUUGAAAGCGCACUGUAUGGUGAGAUCCGGAAACCUUGUAGUCGCUGUGUCCGACGUCUCCUCAGCCUCGCAAUCAGGAACAGGAGUCCUGCAAUCCAUUCAAGUUCACGUCUUAUCUUGAGCAGUUCUUGUUCUCUCAGAGAAUCAAGCAUACCCGUUCAAGAGAUUGUUCU